AUGUCCGACGACCGCUCCGCUCCAGACUUGGAAAUCGUUGGGAAACAGCUCACGAUCCAUCCGUCGGGCUUUACGGGCGGUCCCGAAUCUCAAGAUGGUCCGAUCACCGAACGCAAUCUCGUGCGCCACAUGGCGCGGUUUCGCGAGAAUCCUCUCGAGUUCCUUCGCGAAGUGAGCCUACACAUGUCCGGCACUGGCUGGCGUGCAUACGACGAUGUAAUUGGCCAGCCAGUCUUCUAUUCGGGCUUUUCCGAGAGAAUGAAGUCCUUGAUUUUAUCAAGCCCUUUGCUGCAGAGCAAAGUCGGAGAGCUGGCCAGUUCGCGGCUCGGGGUCGAGGAAAAGGAUGGGCUCCUGGCAUUGAAAGAAGGCCACUCAUUGGACGAGAAGCGUUCUCGAAGGAGGAAUGAACUUGAAAGCAGCCUCCGAGAGGUGGUCGAUACAAUGAUGGACAAUAUGAUCUGCAAGAUGGAAAGCAAGACGUUCAUUCGGGGCGCGUACUACAUGUGCACGCAGCUCCUGACCCGCGCCUACCAUCAAGGUGUUCAUGUGUCUAGCGAAGAAGUUUUGCGUCUUCGAUCCGUCGCCGCAGAAGCUGCCAAGAAGAAGCAGUCUAUUGUGUUUUUGCCUUGUCACAAAUCUCAUGUCGAUUAUGUGUCCUUGCAAAUUAUUUGUUAUCGCUUGGGAAUUGGUCUUCCUGUGGUUGUCGCUGGAGAUAACUUGAAUAUUCCAUUGCUGGGGCCCUUUCUGCAACAUGCAGGUGCCAUGUGGAUUCGACGUAGUUUCGGUAACGACCCGCUGUACAACACUGUCGUGCAGGCCUAUAUCGACACCCUUCUCCAGCAGGGAUUCAACUUUGAGUGUUUCAUCGAGGGUGGUCGGUCGCGCACCGGAAAGCUUCUAUCACCGAAGUUCGGCAUCCUAAGUUUUAUCUUGGACAGUCUGCUGUCAGGUCGGGUUGAAGAUACCAUUAUCUGCCCCGUCAGCACGCAGUACGACAAGGUCAUUGAGACAGAGUCCUAUAUCAGCGAACUGCUUGGGCAGCCUAAACAGAAAGAAAGCUUGACUGACCUUCUCUCCUCGUCCUCGGUCUUGUCCCUGCAACUAGGCCGGGUUGACGUUCGCUUCCAUGAACCAUGGAGCCUCCGGGAAUUUGUUAACCAGCAACUUACCCGGUUAGACCACCCUAGCGUUAAUGUCCACAAGCAACUCAGCUACACUGAACGCGGCCGAAUUCUUCGAACUCUGGGAUACCGGGUGUUGUCCGAAAUCAACGACGUGUCUGUGAUGAUGCCAACCGCUCUCGUGGGGACCGUGCUUUUGACACUACGUGGACGCGGUGUUGGAAAGGGCGAGCUCACGCGGCGAUUGAACUGGCUUUGUGAGCGCGUCAUAGCAAAAGGUGGUCGGGUCGCGCACUUUUAUCGCUCACCCACCGAAUCGGUGGUGGAUCGUGCCCUUGACGUUCUUGGCCCUAAACUUGUGGGCGUCAUCUCAGGAUUGGUCGAGCCAACCUAUUUUGCGGUCGAUCGCUUCCAGCUCUCGUUCUACCGUAACAUGUUGAUUCAUCUCUUCAUUACGGAGGCAUUGGUAUCUGUUGCCAUGUAUACGAAGAUUAAGCAAGGUGGUGGCCCUGCCAAUCAACGCAUUACAUACGAGGCCCUAAAGAACCAGGUUUCCUUCCUUUCACAGCUUUUCCGAGGCGAAUUUAUCUUUCCACCAGAGGGUUUGGCUACCAAUCUAGACAAUACUUUGCGUAGUUUGGAGAAGGACGAUGUGAUUAAGGUCGCCCGCGACGAUUCGAGCACCCCAAUCUUUGUUGAGCUGAGCGAGUCGGAGCGGCUCUGUGGUCGUGAAAACUACGACUUCUACUGUUUCUUGAUUUGGCCGUUCAUCGAGGCCUCAUGGUUAGGGGCUGUGUCUCUCCUCGGGCUCACACCGCCCCUUAACGGUCCCAAGGAUGUUUGGAUUGAUAUGAAGAAAGCCCAGGACAGUGCACAGUUAUUGGGCAAAACGCUAUACCACCAAGGAGAUCUUUCCUACUUCGAAGCUGUCAACAAAGAGACUCUUAGGAACUCUUACCAGCGGUUUGAAGAAGAAGGCAUUAUACUUGUCGCGAAGAGCAGAGAGUCACGGGCUGGGCCGUCUCUCCGACUUGCUCCUGAAUGGACACCUCAGCGUCAUCAUACGACAGGCAUGGUGUUGGAUAGUGGACGACUGUGGGACUUCACCGAACUGAUUGCGCAGUCCCGCCGUGAGGGCAAAAACCGUCGAGACGGCGCCACUGUUUCCUCGCGUGUUCUUACAAUGUCUGACGCUGUGGGACGACAACUGUUCUUUAACGCUGCAGUUCCAGCACCCGGCGAUGUCUCCUCGCGGCAAAUGCGCCGGAAGGAAAUUGGGACGGACUCUAAGCUUUAG